GUAGAAAUUACACAGGUUGUAUGCUAUUAAAACAUCUUAGUAUGAAGACGAUGUCGCAAACAAAUGAUUAAGGGCUGGCUUGAUUAGAUGGACGCAAAUGGAAAAUAUCAAGCCGGGUUAAACACGAUAUUUACCGGUACACUAUUUUCCUGUUUCGAUUGCAUUGCUGUGUGACGAAGACAUGGAAAUGGACUCUAAGGGACUGGCUGAUUUGAAAGAGAUUCAAACAACAACGAAGUUCAUUGUGAAUCGACUUAACAAAUUAACAGAAUGCAGAGAGGGCUGCAAGUGUGGCUCAGAACUCCAAGAACUCAUGAAUGAAUUUCGGGAUACUGAAGUACGCAUAAGUAAACUCAAAACAGAUGUAAACGCUCUUCGAAAUGAGGAAAGUGACGAGCAAAAAUUGAAGCAAAUCGAAGACAAAAUAGGCGAACUGGCACGAUCAUUACAAGCUCUACAGUCCGGUACCUCACAGCCGGGCAUUCCGGUUCCUCGAUAUUCAAUCGAGCCGGCAGGUGACCUGUCCUCUGUGCUGGCAGGUUUGAUCCCAGCGGUGCAAAAUCAUGUUUCCUCGUCGGAAAGUACUCUUGGGACUAUUGGGCGCGUGGACGGGUCACCAAAUCAUCUACCGUGCGAAACUAUUGUCCGUAUUGGAAUUCAAACGGGUGACCAUCGGUCCACAUUAAAAACUCCUAGCUCCUCGGCAAAUGUGCCCAGACAACAGUCCGCAACGGCGGCAUCGGAACCCAUUAAUCGACCAGAGACACGUGUAAUCCAACAAACACAUCGGGAUCUUGUAUAUGAUGACUUCUGGAAGGCGUUAUCGCAAAAGGAGUUGAAGAAAGCGAGUGAAUUGACACGCGAUGAAGAAAGUAUACGCACGGUUCUGUGUCUCGACAUAUCAGAGAGCAUGGCUUCUGGAAACGCCUGGUCGCAGGCCAAAACAUUUGUCAACGAUUUUCUAAAUGGCUUAGACAUGAUGACCGCUCAAUACGGACAUUUCGGACUUACAAGGGAGUAUGUGGGCGUGGUUACAUUUGGUCACGAAACGCAAUUGCAACAACUUCCAACGUCAAACUACACGUUGAUUCGAGACAAAAUAGAUAAUCUUCGAUUGGGCGGACCAAGUCCAUUAUAUGGAGGCCUUUGGUUGAGUGUAGCAGGAGCCAGGUCAUGCAGAGCCCUUGCUGCAACUGGUAGCGGAAUCAUUAUGAGUCCCAGGAUUAUUGUAAUAACUGACGGAAAACCUACUGAAACCUGGUUGAGAGCUGGCCCCGACCUCCCAACGAAAACAGAGGAAACAUUGAUGUCUUUGAUGAGAGGUUUAGAAGAAAUCGAAGACAAGGGCACGCCAGUAUUUUUCGUCGGUGUCGGCGAUUUUGACGAGGACUUGUUAAAACUCGUCACGGCUUCAGAACGACGGAAGAAGCUUUUUUGCCACCAAGAUGGACGGAGAUUGGCUAAGAGAAAUUACCUUUGUACAAAAGCAUCUGUUUUUGAGGAUUCCUCAUUCAGCUUUAUGCGAAGUUCUUCUGGGCUUUCAAUGGAGGAUGAGGAGGAUAUUCGAGACAUCCAAGAAGUCUCCAUGGCACAUUUUCGAAGUAAACAGGAAAUAGAGACGAAGGUUUACGCUGAAAGCAAAAGCGACGCGUAUCCGGUCAUUGGUUCCCGCGUGCGCCGUGGUCCCGACUGGAUUUGGGAUAAUCAAGACCAUCAUGGCUCUGGAACCGUCGUCGGUCACUCAGAAGAUGAUUUUAAAGUGUGGGUCACAUGGGAUUUCGAUAACAUGACCACCGUUUAUCGGUAUGGUCUAGGCUCCUAUGACGUCAUAGUGACAGACGAGCCACGUGCGUUAAAUCCAGGGCAUAAAAUGGCGGUCGGCUGUCUUGUAAAACCAGGUCGAGAUGCAAGAAUGCUAGAUGCAAAAUGGAUCGACAUUUCCUUUUCUACCCUAGGCGUGGUUAUACGUAAGAACUCGCCGAAGGCACAUGUGCGUUGGCAGAAUGGCAAACGUGGAGAUUACAGCUAUGGUAAAGAAGGUCGAUAUGAAAUAGAAUUAUGUACAACAUCCCAGCAACAGAUCGGCGACUUCAGCAGCAAUACAUUUGCAGCCGGCUCAACGUUUCGUGCAAACAAUAUAAAGGGAGACAGAAAUAAAAACAAAAACGCCAAUGUGUGAAAAACUUAACAAUGCUAAAUGAUGCGAAUGAACGAAAUUGUUGACAAGCAAUAAUAAUACAAAUAUGAGUUACCUUAAACCACGAAUGAUAUUACAAUGACGGCAGUGUAUAAUUCAUUUUAGUUUAAUGACAUGUACGAACAUAUUUUUUCAUGUGGUGUUUUUGAUAUUUUUCUUGUAUUUUUUUUUAAAAAAACACGUGUAUGGAGUCAUAGUGUCUUCAACAUCGGAAUCCGCAUGCUUGGGUAACGUAUGUUGGUAUCGUAUGAUUUUGUCUUAGAGCGUUAACCUUGAAAGUAUGUGUUUUUUCUUUGUGUUUUGGACUACGCACACUAUUUAAACAGCAAUAAUUAUAUGAUAUAUGGUAAAUAUAAUGUGUGGUUAUAAUUGUAACAUAUGUUUAUAGAUACACAUUUGUCUUCGCAUUGCCCAUGUUAACGCCAUAUGUCACAAAUAUAAUUAAGUGUAGGACAUAUGAGCCUCCAAAAUCAUUUUGGACUUGUUAGAUCAUCUCCAUAAGUAUAAAUGCGAAUUUUAAUAACGUGUUUCAUUUGUAUAUAAACAUAUUGCUAUUAAACAAACACACAACA